AUGCCUCUAGAGCAAUCUGGGAAAUCUCUGAUUGUCCAACCUGGGCUCCAGUGGUGGUUGGAAGCCCACAUGACUGAUGACACUGGUAAAUACAGGACCAAUGUGACUAUGCAACAUGAUGUCAUCACCAGUUGGAAAGGUCUGGACUUUGAGCCAACCCUCACAUUCUCCACGACUUUGCCAAUUCUUGGCAACAAGUUUAUGACUAAGAUAAACUAUGCUAAUGUAUUUAUGGUGGAUGCUCAGAAUCCUGGUCAACAAGUAUCUGGGGUGCUCGGGCAGGUCCAGUGCAGAACCAUAGAUCAUGCUAGGGAUUUACUCAAGUGUGAGAAGGCAACAGACAUCUGCACCUGCUGGAAUUCAAUAGAGACAACUUCCUGCGACUCCAAGCAUGCUGAACCUUACAACUUUGCCUUGAUUGAUAAUGUCUUGCCCAUGGAUUCGGGAGACUUCCCUCUUUCUAAGUCAGGGGAACACAUCUUCGCUGAGUAUCCUGGGGCUUUAAAGGCAGAAAUCUUGAUUUCAGGGGUGGUGGAUCUUGUCAGUGUGAAGGAUGACAGGAAACAGUUUUGUCGCCUGAAACUUAUGAGGCUGUCAUUCGUGCUUGCGGGGAGCAACACUGAAUUAUUCUUGCAAGUUCAAACUUACACUUACAAAACCGCAGCUGAAUGCAUUCUUGCCAUUAUUGGGCCUCAACUAAUCCCAAUUAAAAAUAUAUAUGAUAGCAAUAACAUACCUGAUUUUAUUUAUCAAGGUGAUAUAAGCAACUGCGAAGAAGAUAGUGUAUCAGCAAUAUCACCAUCCAGUAUUGAGGAGAUUGCCAGCACUUCCACCUGCAGUGUCUUACCAAAUAUCAUAAUUAGAGCGGAACCAACGACAUCUAGUAAGCCUAAAAAGCGUGUCCGCAAUCCUGAAAAAUGGAAGAGAAACAUAACCAAAAGAAAAAAGUGUGCUGGACAAGAGUAUGAGACUAAAUCGGGUAAAAUUGUACAUUCCAAAUCUUUGAAACCAUUUGAAUGUAAAUGUAAAGGAAGGUGUUCAUUUUUGAUUCCAGCAGAAAGGCAAAUGGAACUGCAUAACAAUUUCUAUACUUUAGAAUCCUUCGACUUGCAAACUGCAUAUUUAUUUGCUCUGAUUAAAGUCGUUAAUAAAUUGCGUAGCUGCACUCUGAACAAGGAAUCUAAGAGGAAAAAAACCAGACUUUACUUUUUACCCAGUCAGGAAGGUGUGGAGCAUAAGGUGUGCAAACCAUUUUUUCAAGCGGUAUUUCAAGUUUCUGCCGGUAGAUUAGACAUACUGCUCAAACGUAAAUCCAUAGGAACACCACCACCUUGUGAUAAACGUGGCAAACAUCCACCGCACAAUAAAACAUCUGACGCAAAGAAAAUGGAACUAAAGGAGUUCAUUGAAAAAUUUCCAUGGUACGAAUCACAUUAUGGGCGGGAAAAAAGCAACCAUAGGAAAUACUUGUCUCCGGAUUUGAGUCUCGGUAAAAUGUAUGAGUUAUAUAAAGGUGAAACACAGAAUCCCCUAUCCUAUUUUAUUUUCCGAGAAACGUUCAACAAGGAAUAUAAUUUACACUUUCAUCCACCAAUUACUGACUCUUGUAAGAAGUGUGAUUUAUUUGAAGUUAAAAUAAAGGCAGCCACUAGUGAAUCAAGUAAAAAUCUCGAAACUGAAAAAAAAAUUAAUCAAAACAAGGCGAAGAGUGCUAGAGAUUCUUUAAAAAGAGACACCGAAAUGGCAAAAAAUAGAAACGCAUCAGUUAUCUGUUUGGAUAUAAUGAAGACCUACACCUGUGCUUACCGCAGGAAUUUGUUACUACAAGCGGCAAUUAUGGACCUACUGCUUCAAUGUUCAUGA